AUGCCACCGCCCGCGGCACCAGCACAACCACAGGCCCCACAACCACAAGCUCCAUCACAACCGCAGCCCCAAGCACAACCACGGCCCAAUGUUUCUGCACCCCCGCCAUCGCCAGAAGACCAAGAAAGAUUACAGAGAAGACUCAAUGCCUUAUUAGAGGAUCAGAUAGCCAUUCAGAGAGCAGCCGAGAGCUCGGUAGCAGCACUCAAGGAAUCACCGGCUACCGAAGCCUCCAAACCUCCCCCACCAGAGCCCGAACCAGAACAACCCAAGAAAGCCGAGUCCCCAGAUACCAUUGCACGUGUACCCGAUGAGCACUUGCCUUCGCACCGUGAAAGGCAGAGAUGGAGCCUCUUGAAGCGCUUCUCUGAUGCCAUGGAUGAACUGCUACCCAAGCUUGCCGUAGUAACACAAAAGGUCAACACAUACACAGGUACCGACUACUCAGGAGUGGAAGCCCUGCGAAGAGAAAUCAAAGAACAAGAAAAGCUCGUAAAGGCCCGCCGCUCGGCCAUUGACGCUGCCAAACAAGCCCUCGAUACUGCCCUCGCUCACCAGGCCACUUCGCAGAAAGAAGUCGUCGCUCUCCUCGAACGGAAACACUCGUGGUCGAAUGGCGAUCUCGAACGCUACAUGGCUCUUAUCCGAUCCGAGCACCUCAACGACCAGGCCGUCCGCGAAGCAAAGGAUGCCGUUGCAAACGCCGAGAAUGCCUUGGAGGAUGCACGAGCGCAGCUAGAAAAGAGAGAGCGUGCACAGUACCAUGAGGAACAAAUCUGGAGUGAUACUAUCCGCAGGAACAGCACCUGGGUUACCUUUGGACUGAUGGGUGUCAAUAUCUUCUUGCUGUUGCUCAGUCUGGCAAUUCUCGAGCCCUGGAGGAGAAAGAGGAUGGUCAAGGAGAUCAAGAACGCGUUGGAGGCGCAACAGAAGAUUGCUUCCGAAGCUGCAUCCGCGGCGGCUGCAGCGGCUGUAACACCCACUCUUAGCAGCCAGGGACCUGCAGCCAUGGAGAGGGAGGUCGAGAGGGUUGUUGAGCAAGCUUAUACGCCUACGAUGCCCGCUGAAUCUGCUGCAGUGGAAGAGGUCGAAGAGGUCAUUGAAGAGUUGCCAGCGGUCGCAGAGCCAGAAGUUGUCCCCGAUGUUGUCGCAGAAACCCUUGUUGAGCCUGUGCCGGGAGUCACUGAAUUCAGUCCAGAAGAAGAGACUUUGACGCCCGAGGAGAAAGUCACCGUCGCUAGGGAGGCCGCUCCAUCCUAUCAUCCCUACAGUAAACUGGAGACUUGGCAGGAAAAGGCACAAUAUAUUGCUAAUGACUUGCUCAGCGAGCGUGUCAUUUCCAUGCGGAGAAUCGACUACACGACUGCGGUUUUGCAAGGCGCUGCGGCGGGAGCCGUUAUUACUGCUACUCUGAUUGCUAUGCUUAGACCCAAUUAA